AUAAACAAUUCAUUCUGAAUAUACAAACAAAAUUUCUGCAACAAAUUUCAGUUUCAUGAGUACUGUUAUGAUCAUUCAAUAAAAAAGUUUUCUCUUUCAUUGGUCACCAUGGAGUGUUAUAAUCCUGGUAUUAUUAAAAAAUUAGAAGAAGCUGUCGUUAAUCGAAUAGCCGCCGGUGAAAUUAUACAAAGACCAUCUAACAGUGUAAAAGAACUUAUCGAGAACUGCCUCGACGCAAAAUCAUCUUUAAUACAAAUAACUGUAAAAAAUGGAGGUUUAAAACUUCUUCAAAUUCUCGACAAUGGUACCGGCAUUCGCAAAGAAGACAUGGAAAUUGUGUGCAAAAGAUUCACCACAUCUAAAUUAGUCGACUUUGAAGACUUGUCACACAUAGCAACUUUCGGUUUUCGUGGCGAAGCUCUUGCCAGCAUAAGUCAUGUGGCCCAUUUGACUAUUCAAACAAAAACCAAAACCGAAAAAAAUGCUUAUAAGGCCUCCUAUGUAGAUGGAGAACUUGCAGCACCACUAACUCCAUGUGCUGGAAUCCAAGGGACAAUUAUCACCAUUGAAGAUUUGUUUUACAAUAUGCCUCAAAGAAAGCAAGCUCUCAAAUCUCCCAAUGAGGAAUUUCAAAAGAUCGUCGAUGUGGUUAUGAAGUACGCAGUACAAAACUCAAAAGUUGGUUUCACACUGAAAAAACAAGGACAAAGCCCUUUUAUUCGUACAAUGCCGAAUAGUACUCAAAAGGAUAACAUCAAGAAUUUGUAUGGAAUGCAGAUCUUUAAAGAACUACUGGAUGUAGAACUUAAAGACGACCUGCACAGAUUUGCUAUGAAAGCAUUAAUAACAAAAGUUUCAUAUUCGGCCAAAAAACUAACAUUUUUGCUUUUUAUCAAUAACCGUUUGGUUGAUUCCAGUGCCUUAAAGCUUGCAAUCGAUUCGGCAUAUAGUUCAUUUCUUCCAAAAGGCGCCCACCCUUUUGUGUAUAUGAGUCUUGAGCUCGAACCGACAAAUGUUGACGUAAAUAUUCAUCCAACGAAACAUGAAGUUCAUUUUUUGAACGAAGAAGAUAUUGUUGAAAAGAUUAAGGGAGCAUUAGAAGAGACUUUGCUAAGUAGCAAAACUACGAAAAAAGUGUAUCAACAAAUGAAACUUCCUGGUGCUCCGAGCAAUGAAAAGUUGGAGGUUAAAAAUGUAACUCAAAACGAAGCAAUAAGAGCAGAUAGUUUUGUAAGAACUGAUUCAAAAGAUCAAAAGCUAGAAAAAUUCCUCAUCAAUUCGCAAUCUUUGAAAAUGGAUGUCUGUUUACGAGAUGAGAGCGAUAUGAAUAUGAAAGAAGUCAAGUUAACAAGUGUACUUAAUAUGAGGAAGCGAAUUCAAGAUGCGUGCAGCACAGAUUUGAAAAAAACGUUCCGAAGUAUGGUAUUUGUUGGAGUGGUAGAUAAAACAUUCGCAUUAUAUCAGUAUGGCUUUAGAAUGUAUCUUUGCAAUAUUUCAAAGCUGUGUGAGGAAUUAUUUUAUCAACGUCUUGUAUUCAAGUUCCAGAACUUCAAAGAAAUCAGGUUCGAACCUGGUAUUUCUCUUAAGGACCUUAUGGUUAUAGCAUUUGAAUCAAUUGAUUGGAGUAAGGCAGAUGGCUCAAAAGAGGACGCUGCCAGGAGGGCUACCAAACUGCUCAUGGAGAAAUCGGCAUUAUUGAAAGAAUAUUUUUCUGUAAAAAUUUCUGAAGCUGGUUUACUUGAAAGUCUUCCAUCACUUCUGAAUAAUCACGAACCGAAUAUAACUUUCUUGCCAAUGUACCUACUUAGAUUGGCUACAAAAGUUAAUUGGAAUACUGAAGAGGACUGCUUUGAAAGUUUUUGCCGUGAAACAGCGCUAUUCUAUUCGAGUUUUUCUAGAGCUGAUGCCACAUCAAAGAAACACAAAUGGAUGAUUGAACAUUCUGUAAGCCCGGCAUUAAAAAAAGAAUUACUACCUAGUACCCAAGUAACAUUAAACAUGUAUGAACUGACAAAUCUUCAGAUCCUUUUCAAAGUAUUUGAAAGAUGUUAGAAACGUUGGUGUAUUAGAACAAAUCAUUUUUUGAUUUUAAUAAUCCCAAUUUGUUGUUUUUAUUCGAUACAGCUGUAUCGAAACACCUGUUACGAACAAUUAAUAAAUAAAAACAACAAAGUGGGAUUAUUUAAAUCAAAAACAUAAACGACUUCCAAGAAGUAAAAGCCAACAAAAUAAAUGAAAAUUGUUGUAAAUUA